UCGCGAGGAAAGCAUGGCGGCUCCCAUGUCGCCACUCUGCAAGCAUGCUGCUUCUCUGCUGCAAUCCGUCAGCGCGUGAAAAUUAAGUUGUUUUUAUUUUAGUGCUUUUUCUUGUGAGCCGAUUUAUGUAAGUGCACAAGGAGAAUGUCUGGGAACUACUACUUCGCGAUCGUCGGUCAUAAUGACAACCCCGUCUUCGAAAUGGAGUUCACGCCUCCGAACAAGGAACCUAAGAGGGAUGAUCACAGGCACUUGAACGAGUUCAUCGCACAUGCAUCCUUGGAUCUCAUCGAUGAGCAUAUGUGGACAACCCAAGGGAGUUACUUCAAGAUGGUGGAUAAAUUCAACGAAUGGUUUGUGUCGGCAUACGUGACUGCUGGAACCAUGCGCUUUGUGAUGCUCCAUGAUGUGAAGAAUGAUGAUGGAAUUAGAAACUUUUUCACUGAAUUGUAUGAGACCUACAUAAAGUAUUCCAUGAAUCCCUUCUAUGAGCAUGACACACCCAUCCGAUCGCCUGCAUUUGAGAAGAAGGCACAGAUUUAUGGAAGGAAGCACUUGACUGGAUGAUUCAUGAGUGGCGUCUAUGCAUCAUCUAUUUCCGAGUGAUUCAGCCUCCUGUCUGCCAACUUCUCAAGUGAUACAGCCUCCUGUAAAUUGGUUGCCUUUCUGAGGCUAUGAGAUGUUGCAAUUCAGUGAGAUUGAGCUGAAGUGGAAUGAACUGGAUUCACAAACGUUGGAGCAUGUUGCAUCCAUUAUUGAAAAAUUCAGAGAUAUGUGGGCUUCAUAAGAACGUGCCAUGUGUCCUUUGCUAUUCCCAAGUAAAUCAUAUGUGAAGUCCCUCACCAGGAUAUGCAAUACUGCUAGGUAAUUCACAGAUUUUUUUGGCAAGAUAGAAGCAGUGUCUUAAUAUAAGGAAUUCCAGACUUGAAAACCAGGAUUGACAACUGUAAUGGUCACCCACAAUAACUAACAGGCCAUUGUUUCCAGACUCUAUGGUCAUCCUAUACUGUUGGUAUGCAGCAUAGUGUAAUGGGAGCAGUGACCAAAAUGUAGACAGUAUCAACUCCUCAGAGGUAUUUCACUAGUCUUAGCUUUUUUUCAUCCUGUUACUGACUUUGCACUCCAGAGAUCUACAAUUCCAAUGAGUGUCUGCAAUACAUUCAUGGAUGCUGCUUGGGCCCAUUGAACAUAUCUCACCUGCUGUAUGUGAUAUUGAAUUCCUGAAGAAAAUUUAAAUUGAAAAGUAGUUAUUGGAACAUUAUGCAACGAAAUAAAGAUUUCCACUGAUUUCAUUGAAA